AUGGAAUCACUGGAGGAACUUAGUAGUAACCAGUCUUUCUGUCAUAUUUCUUCCGAUCAUGGUUGCAUAUCUGAAUCGCUUUUUAAUGGUUAUGAGGCGAAAUCAUUUGUCAAACCUAAAGCCAGUCCUGAAGUUCUACGAUUGGGUAGCGAGGUGAAGAGACUCAAAGGAGAACUGGCCCAUCUCUCCCCAACAUCCGAAUUUUCUGCAUAUUUCAAAACUGAGAGGGUUCUCAACAAGACUAUUGAGCAAUACGAUGCUGCAGGCAGGCGCUCUGCAUACCUAGUGCUGCACUGUGGCCAUUUAAUGUUAUUCUUCGUUUCCCAUCAGUUUGGAGUGCAGAGGUUUGCGAAGGUGCAGGCGUUAGUACGCUAUUCAGGUAUACCCUAUGCACCCAGAUCUCGAUUUACACCUGCUGAAGAUGAGCAAAUCAGGAAGAACUGGAAAAGGUUCGCUGCUAAGCAUAAUUUGGAAUACGGUCUGGCGGCGAAUUAUGCAGGUAUUCCGGGAUUCCAGGCAAUGUUCGGCUCCUUGGAAGAUCGUGUGAAUUUCAACAUAACAACUAAAUUUUGGCCAAAAAUGUGUCGUAAGCUGCCUCACCGCAGCGCGCAACAGGUUCGCACUCGAAUGAAGGUGUUGUUCGACCCCGCCAUUUUGAAUGGACAUGCAGAAGUGGCUUAUUUGAAAACGCACAAUUGGACAUUGCAAGAGACGAAUAAACUUCUACGAUACUACAGAAUUUAUGGGUUGUCAGCUUCGGCUAUUAAGCUGAUAGGAAGUCUCAUGAAACUACCAAUGCAUACCUGUCAAAAUCAUUUGAGAAGCAUUUUAGAGCGAAAGGGUCCUGUUCCCGAUCAUCUCCGUAAGAAACUCUGGGUUGUCGUAACAAAGAAGACUCCGCCGCAAAACGAUCGCGCGUUCGAAAAAGUUGUCUAUAAGGAUAUACGCAAACGUCGGCUGGAGGUGAGUAUUGUUUUGUAA